UUAGGGAGAGAUGAAUAGUGUUGAGGCUAAUUUCCCCCAUCAAUUGAUUAGAAAACCAUUAGAAGGGUUAAGCAUUUUCAAGUUUUAGAAUAAGAAGAAUCCAACAUAAUCACUUUAUCACAGGAUUAGAAAGGCUCCUCAGGUUGAAAAAAAUAGCUUAAUGAUGCUUUUCCUGGUAGAAUUAGGGAGACGUAUAGAGCGUUGAGGCUAAUUUCCCCCAUCAAUUGAUUGGAAGAUCAUUACAAAGUUUACAUCUUUUUAAAUCUUGAAAUACGAAGAAUCCAAGUUAAGUCGUCACGGUGACAGGAUUAGAAAGGCUGCUGUGGUUGAAAUAUAUAUAUUUAAAAGGGUUGAGAGGAAACACCACUGUUAUUUGUCGAAAGCAUUAUCAAUGUUUAUUGCCUUCAGAAUAAUCCUUUCUGUACAUCUGGGUAAGAGAUGUUUUAAGACAGGUCUGUGUCCGAUGGAGAAAUGUUCCACAUUUGAUUCAUCAGAGUUUUUCACAACUAUACUAGGACUCGCUGUUGAUCGAAAAAUCAGUCACAAGAAUAAAAUCUCAGCAUGAGAUUUUCUUGCAGGGCAUUUUUAUAAGGCUUGACUGAUACAAUGGUUCCAUUUCUCCCUAGGUGAGAAUGGAACUCAGGUGGAAUUUAACCAUCUUCUGUUUUUUCUUCUUAUCCCAUUUCAAAUUAGCCAUUUACAGAAUGUGCUGCCCCGCCUAAGGACUUUUUCUCAGGACCAACUCAGUAUGCUUCCCCUGCCCUUGGUCACUCAAAACUUCUUUUUCAGUUCUUCAGCCCCUUCUGAGCCUUUGUGACAUAAUGGACACCGUUUUCCAGAGUUGCGUCUCAGGAAGGGCCUCCCUGAGGUCUUGUAAGCUCAUUCUUCUACCUCCAGGGAUAUUAUUUCGCCACAUGCUUUCUGCUGGACUCUUCCUCAGUUGCCUUCGAAUGUUCUGAGCAUCAGACCAGCUUUAUUCCUUAAGUCUCCCUGGCUUCCAGCAGGCAAAGUGCUAUCACCAGCAUGAAACUACUGAUGUUUCUCCCGGUAGUUUCUAUUUCUUUUAGCCUACUCUAGCAUUUCUCAUGAUACUCUCUUCAGGUAAAUUGUCUGUUAGUCUCAGUAUUCUUUAGCACCGUCCCUGUUUUGGAGCGUACACCCCAAUGGUAUAGCUCCAGGUAUCACUGGAUUGCACGAGCCUCUUCACAAUUAGAAGAUAAAAUGCCUGAAGGGGAUGGAAAACUAUUCUGAUGUAAAAUUUGUUGUCUAGUUGCCCAUUCCUCUCCUGCCCUGAAUGCCUCUGUUUCCAGUAAUUUCCUCUGUCCCCAGCGACUUCCCUCCAGAUUUUGCAUAUGGAAAAGAUGUAGUAAGACAUGGAAAAAAAAUGUAAUGGAAACAUAUUUUGCCAUGGUUAGCUGUAAGGGGGAAGGCACUAAAUUUGUGGAUUUUCUUCCUUUCAGGACUUGAAGAAUUUGGCUGCCGGACACCCACAAAUUGUGAUCAUCACACUGGACACAUCUGAUCCAUCCAGCGUUAAGGCUGCUGUAGCCAAAGUUACAGAACAUCUGAAAGGGGCUGGAUUGAACCUGCUGAUUAAUAAUGCAGGGAUUCUAAAUAUGACCAGCUUGGAGACUGAAACACCGGAGACCAUGUCUGAAACCUACAGAACCAAUGUGAUUGGGCCCAUGAUAGUUACCCAGGCAUUGCUUCCCUUGCUGAGGAAAGCAUCUCAAGAAAAUCCCCAGAAAGGCAUGAGCUGCAGCAAAGCAGCCAUCAUCAACAUGUCCAGUGAAGCAGGUUCCAUCACAAAUGUCCUUGAAUGGCAGUGGGGCCACGUGAUCGCUUAUCGUUGCAGUAAGUCUGCUUUGAAUAUGCUCACUAAAUGCCAGUCCCUGCAUCUUGCCAAAGAUGAGAUCUUGUGCAUUGCAUUGCAUCCUGGAUGGGUGCAGACUGACAUGGGAAGUAAAAUGGGGACACCCCCACUGACAAUGGAGCAGAGUUUGCAAACCAUUAUGCACACCCUUGCCGGACUCUCCGAGAAAGAUCACGGCACAUUUGUUAACUGGGAAGGGCAUCUUGUUCCCUGGUGAGACAACCAAGAGUCUGCUUCUCUGCACUACAAGACAACGUUCUCAUCAAAGGCAAUGCAGUUUUCUAUCUCCAGUGCUAAAUGUGUCCUUCUCUGGUGCACGUGCUCCAACUCUCACUUGUUUUAGCUGCUCUAUCUGAUGCCUAUAAAACGUGACUCAGCCAGGCUCUU